AUGAUACAUCAAAAUAUGCCUGAUUUGCGGGGACAGAGCGCUAAAAACGCCGGCAAACUUGAUGAGUGCAAGAGAUGUCCGUUUAAUAACAAAUGUGUUGUCAAUAAAAAUACGCGAAGAUUUUGCCGCAAAUGCCGACUCCGGAAGUGUUAUGCCGUAGGAAUGAAACAAGAAUUCAUUGUAAAUAAUGACGACAAACACAAUAGAGAGGAUAUAAUUGAAGAAAACAUCAAAACAGAUGAAAAAUAUGACCAAAAAAGUGUUACUCCGAGUCCAAUGUCUGGAUCCGAUAGUUUGCUGGAAGUGUUUGAAACAGAUAACACCAACACUACUCAGCCCACCACUGAUAUCAUUCAAUACAACCAAGAUUUGAUGAAUCAACUCAUUAGUCACUAUGAUAAUAACGAUGAUGACAAUGACCAGGAUGAAUUGGGCAUUUUCACCGCCACAUACCGCAAGUCAGUGGAACUGGAAGUGGCUGUAUUGCCAAUAUGCCGGGCCAUUAGUAACCAUCAUAGCCUAACUGAGCCGGAAUGGAGUUACCUCAUGGAACUGUUCGCCCAAACAGUUCCCCGAAGGUAUACAUACGAGAGGCCAAACAAACUGGUGGUCAACACCAUUGAAGAAGUGGCCAAUAUAUUGCUCCAGAAGGUCGAGAUGUAUAUCGGCCAAGUGGUCAGUGCGGCCAAGUGUUUGCGCACAUUUACUUGCCUGUGCGAGAAUGACCAGUUGGCCUUGGUCAAAUACGGUGGCAUUCAGACCCUGUAUAUGCUUAUUUGCAAUUCCUAUGAUUACGCAAAUGAGUAUUGGACUGUUAAUAUGGUAUUUGGCAACGAAUGGGAUUCCGAUCCGUAUAUUAUUGAUCUGUUGAUGGUUAUAAUACUUUUCGAUCCGAAUCGACCUAACCUUAUCCAAAGAGAACGUGUUAAAGUUCAACAGCAGUUAUACAUGUAUUUACUGCAACGAUAUCUACAAAUCCGAUACAAAGCCUCGGAAUGCGAAACAAAGACUAAAUUUAUGAAAAUUUUAAAUUUUUUAGAAGACGUGAAAAUAUUAUACGAAAGCUUUUAA